UUGCCUUGGGAGGAUUCGGAUCUUUGGGCCACUGCUCACUUCCUGCUUCAACAAAGCCUCAAAACGACGAUGCCUUUCGGUCGCUAAUUCCUUAACAGUUCACAGUCAGCGCCGCCCACCGCCGCCGGCAGUCAGCUUCAUGGACUUCGCUUCUCAAAAUGGUCGCAUGAUGGGCUUAACAGCGAUGGCGGAGUGUAGCUGUAAGAUUUGGGAGAUGAAAUGGAUGGGAGUAGACAAUGAUCCAAAAAUAGAAUGAGAAAAUAAUUUUGAAAAUUGGGUGAAUUUCAGAGAUUAAAUUUUUUUUAAAAAAAUAAUAAUAAUUUAGGAGUGAAAAAAAAAGGAAGAGGAAAAGUUGAUUGCAUUAGCAUUUAGCAUCCACAUGGCAUUGGGUUAAGGGGAAGGGACCGUCUUUCACAGGGAAAGUGGUAUUUAUAGUUGGCGAGACAUGGCCAAGCUUCUUCUGUGUGCAUAUUUCUUGCAACUGAGAACACAGAUUUCGUAGUCAUGGGGAGGUUGUUCGUGGUGAGCCUCGAAGGAAGGAUCUAUAGCUGCAAGCACUGCCGGACCCAUCUUGCUCUUUAUGAGGACAUCGUUUCCAAGUCUUUCCAAUGCAGACAUGGGAAAGCUUACCUCUUCAAUAAAGUAGUGAAUGUCACUGUUGGAGUGAAAGAAACGAGAAUGAUGAUGACGGGGAUGCAUACCGUUGCUGAUAUCUUCUGCGUGGGCUGUGGAUCAAUUGUGGGAUGGACAUACGAAACUGCCUUUGAAAAGAACCAGAAGUACAAAGAAGGGAAGUCGGUAUUGGAGCGGUUCAAGGUGUCAGGCCCUGGUGGAACCAGUUAUUGGGUUAGCCAUGCUCGAAGUCAUGAAGUAGCACAUGGUGGAGGAAGUGAUGCAGAUGAAGCUUGA